AUGGAAGAGGCACACUCUUCGAUCGAAAAAGGGCUGCAAGAGACAGACACUCAUCUACCAAAUGUCAACGAUGCGCAAGAACUCCCGCCCAUGGAUGGCGGAAUGGACGCCUGGCUCUUCCUCGCUGCGUGCUUCGUCAUGGAGGCUCUCGUCUGGGGAUUUGCCUUUACCUACGGCGUCUUCCAGGCAUAUUACAGCGAGAUAGAAGAAUUCAAGAACUCUGGAAAUAUCGCCGUUGUGGGGACCUGUGCUAUGGGAAUCAUGUAUCUCGACCUCCCUCUCGUCUUCGCCGCGUACAGACAAUGGCCCAAGUAUCAACGACUCGGCUGCGGCGUGGGCGUACUGCUCAUGUGCUUUGCUCUGGGCCUCAGCUCGCUCUCCACCACUGUCCCGCAACUCAUCAUCACCCAGGGAAUCUUCUACGCCCUGGGCGGCAGCAUCGCCUACUCCCCCUGCAUCCUGCUGAUGGAAGACUGGUUUGACAAACGCAAGGGCCUCGCCUUUGGCGUCAUGUGGGCCGGCACAGGGCUCGGCGGCGUCGUCCUCCCCAUCGUCAUGGAACAGCUGUUAAACCGGUACGGGUUCCGCACCACGUUACGCGCCUUUGCCUUUGCCCUGUUCAUCCUUACCGCGCCGCUGGUGUACUUUGUUAAACCGCGCGUGCCGGUCGCCGAUCACCUUCUGUCACCACCACCACCGCCGAACCUUCGGUUUCUCUUCACCCGCACCUUCGCCUUGUUCCAGAUCUGCAAUGUCGUCGAAGCUCUGGGCUUCUUCUUACCUUCGCUUUACCUCCCGACUUACGCCGGAGUAAUCGGGGCCUCAAGCAGCCUGCAAGCCCUGACGGUUAUCCUCUUCAACUUUGCCUCUGUGGCGGGCUGCGUGCUGAUGGGCGCCAUCGUCGACAGACUCGACGCGACCACCUGCCUGCUCGUCUCGACCGUCGGCUCGACCGUCGGCGUGUUUCUCAUCUGGGGGUUCUCCACCUCUCUUGCCCCGCUGUUUGUGUUUUCCAUCGUCUACGGCCUCUUCGCGGGCUCCUACACAAGCACCUGGCCGGGAAUCAUGCGCGAUGUCGUCCGCAAACAACCCUCCGCGGAAUCGAGCAUGGUGUUUGCCUCUCUGGCUGCCGGGAGGGGGGUCGGGAAUAUCGUCUCCGGACCACUCAGUGAGGCCCUUGUGAAAGGGUUACCGUGGCAGGGGGAGUUAGGCUAUGGAUACGGGAGUGGAUAUGGGACUUUGAUUGUUUUUACGGGUGUUACUGGCCUUGUGGGAGGUGGGAGUUAUCUUGCGAAACAUUUCAAGUGGUUAUAA